UACAGAUGGGGAGGAGAGAGACCAUCACCGAAACCAAAGUGAAAGGAUUUGAUGGUUUCAGCUUUCGCACAUUUGCAAUCACUCUAACUAUAGAGGACAGGUUUUCAAUAGGAGCUUCGCAUGAUGCCGCAUAUGCCAGCACCGAAUUGGUACAAGGAGUUCCUCGCUAUUAUAACAAGACAUCUAGUGCCACUUAUCCUUCCUACUCAGAUUACUCGGCAGGCAAAACAGAAACCGACGAAUAUUUCUCUCUGGCGCUGAGAUUCGGAACCGAAAAGUCUAGCCAUAUUUGGAACUAUUUCUUCGAAACGAAUCUCAGUGGUGUUGAUAUGGAUUACACUGAUGCAAAGCUCUGGAUUUAUUGUCCUGAGGACAAGUACAUCCUGACAUCAGUUCACUUUUACGAUAUAAGUGGACCAGAUCCCAACAAUAAACCAGCCCUCAUCGACGAGCUCAUAGAAAGGUGCAAAGAACAAAACGCCGCAAAUCAAGCCUCGAAACCUCAAGGAAUGCCAAACAUCCCACCACCCCUUAGGGAAGAAAGAAUCAAGGAAAUUGUAACAAUUCAGGUGUGGAAGCAGAUACAGGAGGCCAUGACCACUGUUGCAAAGGAGAUAACACAACAACUCCAGCAACACAUCACCGCUCAGCUGGCCCCUAUCCAUGCUACCCUCCAAGACCUCAGCAGCUUCAUGUCCUAUGUCAAGCAGAACCAG